GCAGCAGGAAAGUUACUGACUCAAGACUGCACAACUAUGAAUAUGGCUGACAAUGAAGUGGCCCCAAAGCCUGUCUACAAGUGCCAGAGCUGUGGAGCCCUCCCAUCUUUAACCCUGAAAGAGAAUGACAGAGAGAACAAGAUCAGCAAGAGCCAUUCAGUGGCCCAAAUAGGUUCCCCAAUCCUCUCUCCAACAGAACCUGCUGGGGAUUCUGGAAAACCAGAAAAAGCCAAAAUUGUGGAAGAGGUCGACGACCCAGAGAGGGUUCUAUGUGAUUUCUGUCUGGAUGUUAAAGUUUCAGCUGUUAAAACCUGUCUGACCUGUAUGGUGAACUACUGCAAAACCCACCUGAGACCACACAUAGAAAACCCCAAACUGCACCUGCACCGGCUGGUAGAGCCACUGAAGGACGUGGAACUGCAGUCCUGUAGUGUGCAUAACAAGCCUUUAGACUGGUUCUGUCCCCUGGAUGUUGUCUGCAUUUGUGAGGACUGUGUGGGGGAAAAACACAAUGACCAUCAAACCAUCACCUGCGAAGAGGCAAAGAAGCAGAAAGAGGCUGAAGUUCACCAGAUCGUUCACGAGUAUGAAUGGAAGCUGAAGUCUGCGGAGAACGCCAUCUUAAAACUGGAAGCCAACACCACCUCGAUACAGAAUUCUGUUGCUGAAGCCAAAAGGAUCAUUGACCUAAGCUUUGGUGACCUGGAAGAUGCUGUAAAAAGAGCACAUGCCAAAGUGCUGGAGUUCUUAGAGCAGAGGGAAAGGGCUGCCUUAAGCCAAUCAAACAGCAUUCAAACCUACCUGCAAACCAAAUGUGCCGAGCUCAAGAAAAGCAAAACCAAGGCGGAAAGGAUUGCAAACCACAGAACCGAGGCCUUCUUCCUACAGGAGUUCUGUGAGUUUAAGAAAGCAAAAGAUGACGAGUCUCUGCCCAGUGUUUACAUUGGCCUGAAGGACAAACUGUCUGGCAUCGGGAAGGCAGUUAUUGAGUCAACUGAGAUUCUGAUCCAGCUGCUGCAGACCUCGUACCACAACAGACUGCAGGUGUUUGCAAAGGAAGAGGAACUUGGAAUUAAAACUAUGGUGUCAGCCAUAGUCCCAGCCAAACAUCGGAUAUCGGCUCCAGAACCCACAACAAGGGAAGACUUCUUAAAGUAUAAAACUAACGUCACUUUAGACCCAGAGACAGUGCACUGUUUCCUGAGGCUUCUUCAGGACAACCGUAAAGUGACCAACACCGCCCCCUGGCAGCAUCCUUACCCAGACAGCCCAGAAAGGUUUGAGCAAUUUCGUCAGGUUCUGAGCUCCGAGAGUUUCUACAUGGGCCGCCAAUACUUUGAGGUUGAAUUCAAGGGUGAAGCCAUCCAUAUUGGCCUGACAUAUAAAGGCCUUGACAGGAAAGGGUCAGAGAGCAACAGUAAUAUAACUGGGAAUAAUUUCUCCUGGACAUUGAAAUGGAAUGGAAAAGAAUUCUCGGCCUGGCACAGUGAUGUGGAAAUUUCACUUAAAGCAGGAAAGUUUUCAAGAGUGGGUGUCUAUGUGAACUACCCAGGAGGCACUGUGUCAUUUUAUGGUGUUGCCAGCGCUAUGACACUUCUGCAUACUUAUGAGUGUUCUUUUACAGAACCUCUCUAUGCUGCCUUCUGGCUACCUAAGAAAGAAAAUUCUGUGACUAUUAUUGCACCAGAUGACAUGUCAUUUUCUCCAACCACACCACUGCCUUCUCCAGAAGUACAACUGACUCCAACCUUGCCAAAGGAGAAUGUGCUUUCUAGUAAAGCGACAGAAACGACAGUCACUAUGACAAUAACAACGAUUAAAGGGCGCACUAGUAGUGAUCAGGUGAACAGCGAUCAGCCGCAGCCAUCAAAGUCUUCUAGUAAUGUCACCGCUGUUUAGUUCAGUGUUUUUCUAAUGUACCCUAGUAAUUGUCUGGUUGCACCUAACGCUUUCAUACCUGUGUACUUUUUAACUGGAUAGGGACAGUCUAUGAUCUAAUAUAUUAAAGGGACAGUGCACUGUAAAAUUGUUUUUCCCUUAAUGUGUUUCCAGUAACUUAUUAUACCAGCUGCAGAGUAAAAUAUCUAUGAAUAA